AUGAAGGCACAAUUUUAUGGUUAUUCAAUAGGUGAUUAUGAAAGAUUGCUUGAGAAUGGAACCUCCAUCAGUAACAGUGAGACCAAAGAGGAAGUCAGUGACUCAAAAGAGAGGAAAAGAAGCAAAAUUUUGGCCCUACUUAUCGUCAAUUCCCUCUUUUUCGAUUUCUUCUAUUUCCCAAAGAGUGGUGUACCAAUUAUUCUAGCGCGUGAUUCUUCACUAAAAGAAAAGAAUAGAAAAGAAAAGCAUCUCUUUUUUUCCCAUUACGAUUCCUAA